AUGCCGCGUGCGCAAAAACCAACAGGAAAGUCGAGACACGAUCCGCUGCAUGUGCAGCUCGACGGAGACGAAGUAGAAGCGAAGUAUGGUCGCGUAUCGAAGCCAGGGAAGAGGAGAAAGUCUCGCAAAGCAGAGGCGGACGAUGGUGACGACGACGAGGUGAUCCUCGACUCAAAAACAUCCAAGCGGAUAUUCGAGCUUGCCAGGGAUCAGCAGGAAGAGCUGGGACUUGUGGACGCCGACGAUGAAGAUGAUGUAGGCUCCGACGACGCACCUUCAGCUUUUCAACGACCUCGAAUGGAUGUUGACGACGAAGAAGAAGAUGAAGACGAGGAUCCUCAAGGGUACGAUGAAGAUGUCGAGGAAGUUUUUGAAAUCGAUGCUGGAGACAUGGAAACACUGGACGCCCUUUUACCUGCGAAUUCCGGCGAGCGAAAAACAUUGGCGGACCUGAUUUUUGCCAAGCUUGAUGGCGCAGACACUCAGAACGCAGCCGUCAUACAAAAAACGCGGCAAGACCCGGAAAAUCCGGAUCCCGCUUUGGGCUUGGAUCCACGCGUAGUGGAAGUGUAUACAAAACUCGGCUUAUUCCUUCAAAAAUACAAGUCUGGCCCCCUUCCGAAGAUCUUCAAGGUUAUACCCUCUCUCCCAGCAUGGGCACGCAUGCUUGCCCUCACCCACCCUGAAAACUGGUCUCCACAUGCAUGCCGUGCCGCCACCAAGAUCUUCAUUUCGAAUAUGAAGCCCCCUCAAGCACAGCUGUUCCUGAGCGUAGUCCUUCUUGAUGCCAUCCGUGAAGAUAUCCAACAGAACAAGAAGCUCAACGUACAUUAUUACGAAGCGCUGAAACGGUCUCUAUACAAACCCGGUGCCUUUUUCAAGGGCAUCAUUUUCCCCAUGUUGGACCAAGGAUGCACGUUGAAAGAAGCGGCGAUCGUCGCAUCAAUACUUGCUCGAACAAAGAUACCGGUGCUCCAUGCUUCAGCGGCUUUACUUAGAAUAGCCGAGAUGGACUACACGGGACCCAACUCUCUUUUCAUCCGAGUCUUGAUUGACAAGAAGUUUGAGUUGCCAUACAAAGUUGUUGACGCUCUGGUCUUCCAUUUUAUCCGACUAUCCAAUACAUACAAAGCAUCGAGCCGCGGCGAUUCCGAUAAACUUCCUGUGCUUUGGCACCAGAGUCUUCUAGUUUUCGCUCAGAGAUACGCGUCGGACUUGACACCCGACCAGAAGGACGCGCUUUUGGAUGUUGUGCGUGCCACACCUCAUGCACAGAUAGGUCCGGAGAUUCGCAGAGAACUGGUUACGUCCGUUGUCAGAGGUGCGCCCCGUGAACAGGGCAAUCAGGACGUCGAGAUGUCUUAA